GGCAUCACAGACGUAGUCUGGCAUAUUAGUGUAAAAUAAAAAUGUUACAGACAAACCGUGCAUUGGCAAAAGAGCAAACUGAACUAUACGCAGUUGAAAAGAAAUUGGUGAAGGUCUUGCCAGUAAUACAGGAAGCUCUCAACUCUCUGAAGGUGGAAGAGCUCCAUCUGAAAUCGUUGUCUUUGCAACAUUCUUUGCAAUGUAAACACGAAACCAAUUCCCCAUUUCCAACUAACAAUUCUUUGGACAUUACUUUAUAUGAUCCACUUAAGGCUAAAGUCAAUCCGCUACGAAAGCAAGACGAUAUCAAUCGACAGGAAAUUGAUCUUGAAAUGUUUGUUGAUAGAUUACAAAAUUACGAUGUUGAACAGGACUCAGAUUAGACACACAA